UUAUUUGGGGAGAAUUUGUGAAGAAAGCACCAAAUAAAUCUUCACGAGGGACUUAAAUUAAAUAGUAAAGCUCGUAUUCUCAUGGAAAUCGACAUACGAGGAGGAAGAGCAGACAGCCACGGAGCCAGGCCAUCCUCCGACCGUCGUGGUUACAACCACUCACUGAAGGACUAAACUUUUUGGGAGUCUCCUCAUCCGGCGGUGCUGGCUGACUGGUUAUUGUUGGUUUAGGGGAAUGCAUCUCUCCUCUGUUUGCUCUAUAAACGGUUUUGGGAACGCAUUGAGGAAAGGGUCCACACGAAUGGGAAUACGGCAGCGCCAAACUCUUGCAAUGCGGCCAGAGUGAAGGGGGCAGAAGACAAUACCAUUCCACGGGCUGUGGGGCUGCUCGCUACAAUAUUUCAGUGGGGUCUGCUUCCAAGCGAAUUGUUACAGUUCCAUUUUUUCUCUGAUUGCUCCUAUAACCUAUUAUUGCGACGAAUAGUGUUUUUGAUUAGAAGAACAAGCCAUGAUGUCUACGGCCAAAUUCCGAAAGGACAAGGAGAUCGUAGCCGAAUAUGAGACUCAAGCUAAAGAGAUCCGAGCCCAGCUGGUGGAGCAGUUGAAAUGUCUGGACCAGCAGUGUGAGCUGAGGGUGCAGCUGCUGCAGGACCUGCAGGACUUCUUCAGGAAGAAGGCGGAGGUCGAGAUGGACUACAGUCGUAACCUGGAGAAACUGGCCGAGAGGUUCCUUACGAAGACACGCAGCACCAAGGACCACCAGCUCAAGAAGGAGCAGAGUGUGCUGUCUCCAUCAACUGUUGGAACCUGUUGUUGACUCAGUGAAGAGGGAGAGCCGAGACACGCUACCCCUCCUGACCUCUACCUCAA